AUGUCCAAUCAUCGAAUUCAGCCGCAAAGUAUUCCUACUGUGGGCGAACUAUUCGCGAAUGCUACUAUUCAGAACGUCGAAACGCCCAUUUAUCUACCCAAGCGAUCACUUCUGAGUCGUGUGCACCUCUAUCAAGGUGACAUUACUGAAAUCGAGGUGGAUGCAAUCGUCAACGCUGCCAAUUCAACAUUGCAGGGCGGGGGCGGAGUGGACGGGGCUAUCCACAUGGCUGCUGGCCCAGCACUCGCCAAAGCGUGCAGGGAAUUGUAUCCUGGGCGUCACCCUUGUCCAACGGGAAACGCUAAAAUUACUCCAGGCUUUCAGCUCCCUUCGAAACACGUUAUCCAUGCUGUAGGACCAAGAUGGAGUGUUUCUUCAGACACAAAUACAAUGGCUGGUCAGCUUGCGUCCUGCUAUAGAAUAAGUCUUCAGUUAGCGGUAGAUAACAACUGCAAGAGCAUAGCCUUUCCCUUGAUUUCAACCGGUAUCUAUGGAUACCCCAUCGACGAGGCAGCUCACGUUGCGCUCAAAGAGACACGCAUUUUCUUAGAAGGAAAUAACCAGUUGGACCACGUGGUAUUUGUUAUUUUUACUGGCAGGAACGGAGAUCAGAAGGUAUACGAAAAAUUCAUUCCGUAUUAUUUUCCCCUUGGACCAGAAGAUAUCAAAAGCAUCGAUCCUCUGUCGAGCGCGAAAGGUUCUGUAGAUGAAUGA